AUGUUGCAGUGGUUCUGCGGCGGCGUCCUCAUCACCGACCAACACGUGCUCACGGCCACCCACUGCCUGCGGACCGAGCAGGCCGCCACCGUGGCCGCCCGCAUCGGCGAUCAUGAUCUCACCACCUUCGAGGACGUCCAUCACCAGGAGCGUAACAUCACCAGCAUCGUGCGGCACCCGCAGUGCCACGCCUCGCAGAACGACCUGGCGGUGGUGCGGCUGCAGUCGCCGGUGCAGCUGACGGACGCAGUGCGGCCCAUCUGCCUGCCACUUGCCGACUCCCAGCACCACGGAGGUGCCACGCGCGUGGUCGACGAGGACGUCUGUGAGAACGCCUACCGCCAGGCGCCCGCGUUCAACACCAUAUUUCCCGGCGGCUUUCAAGGCACCAAGAUCUGCGCGGGAAGCCGCGACAACAAGCCACGGGACGCGUGUCGGGGAGACUCGGGGGGUCCACUGAUGGCCCAGCUGCCCGAUGGCUCCUACCGGCUCAUUGGCAUCGUCUCCACCGGCGUCGACUGUGGCUGGCGGCUGCGGCUUACGCCCGUCUUCGCCAGCUGGGGCUCAGGCGAGUUCGGCUACUACGGCGCCACCGAACUGGUGGAGGAAUACAUCCAUCUGAUCGGCGGCAGGACGAUGGCCUAUCUCAACGUCGACCUGGCCAUCAUCUACACCUACAGCCUGAUGGUGGUCGCCAGCCCGCUCAUGCACCGCGUUACAGUGGAGGCCGCCAAACGGAGCCUAGAUGAAGCGUUCUGA